AUGGCAGAAGAAGCUGGUAUGUUCAUGAUUCAUCAAACAAUCGGCAGUGUUUUGUGUUGCAAAUGUGGAAUUCCAAUGCAACCAAAUGCUGCCAAUAUGUGUGUGAAGUGUUUGCGCUCAGAAGUUGAUAUCACAGAAGGAUUACUGAAGCGUCUAGUGCUUGUCCAUUGCCCUGAGUGUGAGAGUUACUUGCAGCCACCCAGAAGUUGGGUUAAACUACAUUUAGAAUCAAAGGAGCUGCUAACAUUUUGCUUGAAAAAAUUGCAGAAGAAUUUAAGCUCCAAUAAAGUAAGGAUGGUUCACGCCGAAUUUAUUUGGACUGAGCCCCACUCCAAGAGGAUAAAAGUCAAUGUCAAAGUUCAGAAGGAGGUUCUGAAUGGAGCUAUUCUUGAACAAUCUUAUACUGUGGAGUAUUUUCAACAGGAACAUAUGUCUCAGUCUUGUUCUAGGGUCCAGGCUAACCCUCACCAGUGGGUUGCUGCUGUGCAACUCAGGCAACAUGUUUCUCAUCGGCGCACUUUCUUUUAUUUGGAACAGAUGAUUCUGAAGCAUGGUGCUGCUGCUAGUGCUAUAAGAAUCAAACAGAUGGAUCAAGGUAUUGAUUUCUUUUUCUCUAAUAGAAGUCAUGGUGUCAAAUUUGUGAACUUUGUUGGGAAAGUUGCUCCUGUGAGGAGCCGUCACGAUAAGCAACUUGUUUCUCAUGAUCCAAAGAGUAACAACUACAACUACAAAUAUACAUUUUCUGUUGAAAUCAGCCCCAUUUGCCGUGAGGAUAUAAUUUGUCUGCAUCCUAAAGUUGCUGUUAGUUUGGGAAAUCUUGGUCCUCUUGUGAUUUGUACUAAGGUUACCAACAACAUUGCUUUGCUUGAUCCAUUUACCCUAAGGCACUGCUUCUUAGAUGCUGAUCAGUACUGGAGGACAUCCUUCAAGUCUUUACUUACUAGCAGACAGUUAGUGGAAUAUAUUGUGUUAGAUGUGGAGGCUGUUUCAUCUGAGGUUACUAUUGGUGGCACAAAAUAUGUUUUGGCAGAUGCACAAAUGGCUCGCGUGUCAGAUUUUGGAAAGAAUGGCACAAUAUUUUCAAUCAGGACUCACCUAGGCCAUCUUUUAAGUCCUGGUGAUUAUGCUCUUGGUUAUGACUUGUAUAGGGCUAACAGUAAUGACAUUGAAUUGGACAAGUACAGAGGACUUGUUCUUCCUGAUGCAAUCUUAAUAAAGAAGAGUUAUGAAGAGAAGCGCCAGAAAAAACGUGGUAAGCCUCGCUCAUGGAAGCUUAAAUCACUUGACAUGGAGGUUGAUGAUAACAAGGGUAGAGUUGAACAAAACAAGAUGAACUCAGAAUAUGAACAAUUCUUGAAAGAUCUUGAAGAAAACCCUGAUAUGAGGUUUAACAUAUCAUUGUACCGAAAUAAAGAGUACCAGCCAUCAGAGAUUGCAUCAGUGACUGCUGGUGAAGAGCUACCUUCUGUUGCAUUGGAGGAGUUGCUGGCUGAUCUUGAUCUAGAGGACGAAGAUGAUGAGGAUGACAUGACAGAAUGA